GUCGCCAUCUCGCCAACUGACAUGAUAAAUAAUUCAGCUGCAAUUGGUUUCGUAAAUAGCCAAGGCGGCAGCAACAACACAGCAGCAGCAGAGAAUGGCAACUGCAGCGGCAACAUUCACGCCAGCAACAUCAACGCCAGCAGCAGUCAAUUAUCGUCAGUAAUUGAGAAUUUAUCCAAUAAUAGCGACAUCGCGGCAUUGUCCUCCGCAUCAUUGUCAUCGUCAUCGGCAUCGGCAUCGACGUCGUUAUCGUCAUCGUCAUCGUCAUCGGCAUCGGCAUCGUCAUCAUUGCUGGCAACCUGCAGGUCGCAUGCCACGCAUAAAUCCUAUCCGCCAAUAAAUUCAGCAUAUUGGUUGCCAUCGUCGCAUCCAUCACCGUACACAGUGCCAGUGUGUCCUGGGAGCAGCAGCUGUCCAAAUUGCUCUGGCACCAACUUACAUGCACAUUACAAUCCCCUACACUACCUCGCUGGCGCACUUUGGCUCUGCCCCUCAUUGGUUGCCUUUAAAAUGGGGUAAUUAAAGCAAUUUAUUGGCCUCCAAAAUUGCCAAGCAGUUGUCAUUAAGUAAAUGGCCCAAAACAGCGCGCGAGACUUUUGUUGCCAAACAAGCUGAAACCGGGCAUGGGAUUUGCCUUCAAUUUGACUAAAUGAUGUUGCCAGGUAUCAGACUGCAUUGGCAUUUGAGACUUGAAGGGAAUAUCAAUCAAAUUGGAGUGCGCUUUUCAGAGGAUUUAAACAAACCAAUAAGCAACAAUAAAUGUUUGUAGGACUUGAAAGUGAAAACAUUUGAACAUUUGUCCCAAAAUAUUAAGAGUAGUUAGAAACAUUAAAAGCGAAUUUUAAAAACUUUUUUUUACAUAUAUUAGUGGA